AGACCAGAACCAGAAACUUGCAGGUCAGUUUAAACCGGGUCCGAACCCAGAACCAUGUCGCUGGACGGUGCGUUCACUGCCCUCCUUCUCCUCCUGGUCAGUGGAGUCUCUGCUGUGAUUGUUCUUCCUCCAACAAACCUGAAAGUGCGCUGCCAGAAUCUCAAAGUCACUGUCAACUGGAAAUACAGCGAGCUCCAACCACAAAUCGUCUUCAGCAUAAAUAUGAGCGGUUCCCACAGGAAGGAGUUUAAUACGACAGACUAUAAAUAUGAUCUGAGCGACUUCAUCUGGGAAUCUGAGUCGCACUACAUGGGCUUAUAUUACGUCACUGUAACCGCCAUACAGGAAGGAACCCGGUCUCAACCAGUGACAUCUAAAACAUUCACCUUUAACUCUCAAAAGACGGCCUCUAUAACAUGUGAAUUAUAUUUCCCUCCCGUGGAUCUGAUUAAGAAGGAUACAAUGGCUGUGAUUAGUUUCAGGAACCCCUUCAACUUCUACGGAGAACGGAACCUGGCCAAAAAGAAGGAUUCUGCCUCAUUCCACUUCAGUGUCAGAGUGUCUAAUGUGAAAUUUGACAGUGAAUGCAACUUGUAUCAGGAAAAGUGCACACUGGACAUCUUGUCUCCUGACGAUGUGAAGUGCGUGGCGCUGAACGGAUCGUUGUUUGAUAGUAGUGGUGUCGGCCGAGUGAACAUAACACAGAAGAAAGACGCCUGUAUUACUCAAUCUACCGAGUUUCACAUGGUAACACUUGUGAUCAUUCUGUCUGUCGUUGUUGUCGUACUCGUUGUGGUUACGAUUAUCAUCUGUAAGGCGGAGCUUCCGGAAGACAGGCCCUGUUUCAGAGACAAGAACAGACUGCACUUUCUGCAGGUGGACGUGGACGAUGAAGCCGGCGAUGGAGCCGUGGACGAUGGAGCCGUGGACGAGUGGAGUCCGUGGGACGAUGGAGACGUGGGACGAAGGAGACCGUGGAAAGAUGGAACCGCUGGGGCGAGGAGGGAGAAACGUGGGCCGAUGGAGCGUGGGCGAUGGACGACGUGGAGAUGCGAGCCGUGGUACGAUGGAGCCGUGGGAGAUGGAGACGCUGAGGCUUACAGCGGGGGGUCAAACUACCUUCCGAGGACUCGAUUUGGGAUUUAA